UUUCCCAGGUGCAGAAGCUGCUGAUUCCUGGAUUUGGAAGGUGGGGGAGAGUGGUUUGGAUUUUAGUACCUCCCCCUUCCUCAGGGCUAGGCCCUGUCUAGUCACCUCCUGUUGCCACAGGUGCGCCUGGCACAGACAUUCAGCUCCUGGGGCCGUGCCGCCCUCACCCCUGCAUGCCUCUAGAGGUACCUGUCCCGUGGAUUUGACCCCCUUCCAGACACACAAGUAGAUCACCACUGAGCAGACACCGGGUCACCUCCCAGCUCCCUACCAGGCAAGAGCGACCAGGGCAGGGACUGAUACUGCCGAACCCAGGAGCCAGGCCCGACGCAGCCUCAGGUCCAGCAGGUCCCGCCUGUCCACCUGGGCCAGGCCUAGAGCCCGGGAGCCCCUGGCUGGUGGGAGGCCACCCGCAACCCACCCCACACGCAGCUCCAGCUCCCCCACCAGGCGGGGCGACUAGGACAGGGACAGAACCCGUUGAACCCAGGAGUGAGAUCCGGCCCCGGGUCCCACUGGGCCCUCCCGUCCACCUUGGCUGGACCUGGCACCUGGGAGACCUUGGCUGGCGCGAGGCCACUCCCACCCGACAUGCAGUUCCAGCUACCCCACCAGCUAGGCUACCAGGACAGGGACGGAGGCUGCUGAACCCAGUUAGAGGCCUGUCCCCGGGGUCUGUCCUGGGAGCUCCCCCAAGACGGACAGGGCAGGUAGGGUCCGGGAUGACGGCCGCACAGCCCCGGCCCCGUGUUCCCAGGCCUGUCUUGCUCCUCGGUGUGAGGGAGACCCGGGGGAUGGGACAGGCUGGGCCCCGCAGUGCCUGACUCCCUGCAGGGCUCCCGGGACAGGGGUCCGGCGGACAGCCGGCUGCUCAGGGGUGAGGGGUCCAAGCUGGCAUUGCAGCCACCUUCCGGCCCGGGCUCUCUUGGGGAGGGGCGGGGUUGGUGAGAACCAGUCACGUGCUCCGGGGCUCACUCGGGGUCUCCCACGGCCGGAAGUAGGGCCCCUGUGCGCAGGCGCCCUGAGGAUCCCGGGCUCCCCAUCUCACGCCAGGGGGCGGAACUUCCUGCAGCCUCUCUGCUUCCACGUCCUCGUGGGCCCUGACUUUCUGAGAGCGACGCAGAGGCUCCGGAGCCAUGCAGGCCGCAGGCCAGGGCACAGGGGGUGCGGCGGGUGAUGCUGAUGGCCCAGGAGGCCCUGGCGUUCCUGGUGGCCCAGGGGGCGAUGCUGGUGGCCCAGGAGAGGCGGGUGCCACCGGCGGCGGAGGUCCCCAGGGCGCAGGGGCAGCAAGGGCCUUGGGGCCGGGAGGAGGCACCCCGCGGGCUCCGCACGGCGGCGCGGCUUCAGGGCUGAAUGGAUGCUGCAGAUGCGGGGCCAGGGGGCCGGAGAGCCGCCUGCUUGAGUUCUACCUCACCAUGCCUUUCGCGACACCCAUGGAAGCAGAGCUGGCUCGCGGGAGCCUGGCUCGGGAUGCCCCACCGCUUCCUGUGCCGGGGGUGCUUCUGAAGGAGUUCACUGUGUCCAGCAACAUACUGACUAUCCGACUGACUGCUGCAGACCACCGCCAACUCCAGCUCUCCAUCAGCUCCUGUCUCCAGCAGCUUUCCCUGUUGAUGUGGAUCACGCAGUGCUUUCUGCCCAUGUUUUUGGCUCAGCCUCCCUCAGGACAGAGGCGCUAAGCCCAGCCUGGCGCCCUUUCCUAGGUCAUGCCUCCUCCCCUAGGGAAUGGUCCCAGCACGAGUGGCCACUUCAUUGUGGGGGCCUGAUUGUCGCUGGAGGAGGGCAGCUUACAUGUUUGUUUCUGUAGAAAAUAAAACUGAGCUACGA